AUGGAUAAGAAGAGAGCUUAUCAGACACCCAGAACAAGAAUCAAAUUGUGCUGGAAAUUUGCCAACAGUGAGAAUAGCAUUUAUCGAUACUGCACAUUUCUACGAAACUGGAGAUCUACUGAUUACGCCAGCAAGCAUUUCAGUGUCACUCCCAAGCAACCAGUUCAAUUUUAUAUCAAACUACAAAAUCAUGGACAAUCUAUAGCAACAGCAGUCAUUAACAACAUAAAAGUUGUCACUGAAGAAUGUCAUUUACCUUCAAUACGACCGAAACAUCGACAAGUGAAACUAUAUUCAAUACAACGAGCUGAAGAGAGAGAACUUACAACACAAGUCAUAACUUCUCGAGAUAUAACCAGCAAAUUAUCAGCUACCACAAAUCCCAUAACUUCAUCCAAUUUAAACUCUUCAUUUGUACUCAGUGAUAUUUUUGGAGAUGCUUUUGCACAGUUUUUGGUGGAUGAUUCGGACGGUUUAAUCGUUGAAGAGCAGAAGAUUGGAAAAGAUGGUGUAAAUAGCAAUGAGUGGUUGAAACGAAACAAUCCAAAACAGGAUAAUGAAGUCUUUGUAUCAACAACGCUUACUCCAAAAUUACCUUUCACUUUCAACCUUUUGGAAUGCAACACUAUCGGCGGUUGCUUAUUCGAUCAAUCGAUGUGCUCUUAUCAAAAUUCAGCAAUGUCUCGCGGUUCAACAUUUGAACGAGUUAGGCUUUAUGAUCAGAAUUUUAUGCAAGCGCUUACGAGACCGAAUACAGUAGCAGUAUUAGAAACAGAUACAUCAUUCACAGAAGAUCAUAAAAUUGUAUUUGAUGUAUUGGAAUUCACAGAAGGACAGCGACUGUAUGGAUGCUGCUAUAAUACAAAACUGGAUGCAGACGAAACCUUAAUCAAUAUAAGGAUAUUAUUGGGAGGCAAACGACCAUCCGAAUUAUUUUGUCCAUUUGCAACGGCAGUGCACUCAACUCCAGUUAUUUGGAGGACAGAACGGUUUACCUGUCCUCAAGGUACCGGAAAGAUCCUAUUUAUGUGUGAAAAUAAUGGCAAAAUAAAUGGGGCAUGUGCAAUGGACAAUAUUCGAAUACAUAAGAUUUUGGACGUUCUGGAGAUGGAACCGUGUCAAAAGAACAUUAUCGCCUUCUCAUGAAUCACUUUUCCGGUUACGUAGCAUUUGCGACAAGUUACAAACGGAUGGCCAAAAAAAUCAAGCUUACCCUUUUCAAUAUUUGGAAUUAAUGGUUCUGAAAGAAGAAUGAGGAAAUGAUAAAUUAUAUACUUAAAGAAAUGAAUGUAAAUGUCGUUAUUAUAUGGUAAUCUUACAUUUCGUCAAUGAUGUCGAUUAUGGUUCAAUGUAAAUUUUGUUACGCUGUAGUUCCAAGGAAUUAAAAAUUUUUGUACGAUCA